ACAGAGGAGACAGAGAGAACGCUGUCUAAAAAGAGACUGGGGAUGGGGGAAGGAGGAUUCUGGUUGGAUUUUCACAAUGUUCCCUGAAUAAUCCACAACCCAUCCCAAAGAAUGGUGACUGCAUAUGAUACCCUGGCUCUUUGUUAAGCUCAAAAAGCUGACUAUAACAUACCUCUUUAAAAUGCUGGCCAAUUAAAGCCAUUGCACACAUUUUCAAUUGUUUUGUUCCCUUAAUGAAACUCAAGAAUGUAUAUUACAGGUAGCUGACAGAAUUUAAUCCUGAAGACCGGAAACAUGGCUUGUACCAUCCAAAAGGCAGAAGCACUUGACGGGACUCGUUUGAUGCAGAUCCUCUGGCAUGAUGAGGAAGAGUCUCUCUACCCAGCUGUAUGGUUGAGAGACAACUGCCCAUGCUCUGAUUGUUACCUGGAUUCUGCAAAAGCACGGAAACUUUUAGUCGAAGCUCUUGAUGUGAACAUUGGAAUUAAAGGCUUGACAUUUGACAGAAAAAAGGUGUACAUCACAUGGCCCGAUGAGCAUUACAGUGAAUUCCAGGCUGAUUGGCUGAAGAAAAGAUGCUUUUCCAAGCAGGCCAGAGCAAAGCUCCAAAGAGAAUUGUUUUUUCCAGAAUGUCAAUACUGGGGCUCAGAGCUCCAGCUACCCACUUUGGAUUUUGAAGAUGUUUUAAGAUAUGACGAACAUGCAUACAAGUGGCUUUCCACCCUCAAGAAAGUAGGCAUAGUACGACUCACCGGAGCAUCUGACAAACCAGGAGAAGUUUCAAAACUUGGGAAGAGAAUCGGUUUCCUCUAUCUCACAUUUUAUGGACAUACUUGGCAAGUGCAAGACAAAAUCGAUGCAAACAAUGUGGCUUACACAACUGGGAAGCUAAGCUUUCACACUGAUUAUCCAGCCCUCCAUCAUCCACCUGGGGUUCAGCUUCUUCACUGCAUAAAGCAAACAGUCACAGGGGGUGAUUCAGAAAUUGUAGAUGGGUUUAAUGUGUGCCAAAAGCUAAAAAAAAAUAAUCCUCAGGCAUUUCAGAUUUUAUCCUCUACCUUCGUGGACUUUACAGACAUUGGAGUGGAUUACUGUGAUUUUUCUGUACAAUCAAAACACAAAAUUAUAGAGUUAGAUGAUAAAGGCCAAGUGGUUCGCAUCAACUUCAAUAAUGCAACUAGGGACACAGUAUUUGAUGUGCCUGUUGAAAGAGUUCAACCUUUUUAUGCUGCCCUGAAGGAGUUUAUUGACCUCAUGAACAGCGAAGAAUCCAAGUUUACCUUCAAGAUGAAUCCAGGUGACGUGAUUACUUUUGAUAACUGGCGCUUACUUCAUGGCCGACGUAGCUACGAAGCAGGAACUGAGAUAUCCCGCCAUCUAGAAGGAGCUUAUGCUGACUGGGAUGUGGUCAUGUCAAGGCUUCGUAUCUUAAGGCAGAGGGUCGAGAAUGGAAACUGAAGUCUCCUGUAGAUAAUUUUAGUAAGAUUCCAAUGAGUAUAUUUUGUGACAUAUGACACAUUAUUCACAGACCAUGAUUUUGUCAUUUACAUAUAAUUUCCUUAACAAUGAACAUGUAACUUCUCUCACAAGGGUACUCUUUGUAAUCAUAUACAAUGUCAGCUUUUUAGAUGUUUCACCACUCUUUUGCAAAUAAAGCAUCUUUUCUGCUCUGUUGCAUGCCUACUCUAAUAUCUUUUGCCCAUAUAUGAGUAUCUACAGAAUGUCUACAAAUAGUUUUUGUAGCAAAUGAAACAUUUCUUCAAAUUAGCCUUUCGUUUCAAAUAAAACUUGUCUCAAAACAUACUUC